GGAGGAGUCACCAGGUUGCCUGUGCUGAGCCUGCUGCUGCCUAAGGACCGAGAAUCUCUUGGCAUGUCUGGGAAGUUAUCCUUGAUUACCUCAUGGAGUAGAGCAUCUGGGCCUUUUGAAGCCACCUCAUCACCUUCAGGAAUUCAUAUAAGGAGACAACAAUCUUUCUCUGGAAAAGCCCUGAAAGGCAAGGAAGAUCAACACUGGUGUCACUAUUUUUCUUAUGGGGACAAAGCUGACAUUUAUGUUUACUUGGAUAUGCAUCAUGCUAUCUUCAGAUGGAGUAAAGUCUGUGGAACUGUUGACAUUCAAGGAUGUGUCUAUAGAGUUCUCUAUGGAUGAGUGGGCCUGCCUGGACCCUGCUCAGCAGACUUUGUAUCGGGACGUCAUGUUGGAGAACUAUGGACACCUGGUCUUCCUAGGUCUUACUCUCUCUAAGCCAGACCUCAUCACCUAUCUGGAGCAAAGCAAAGAACCCUGGAAGGUGAAGACACUCCAGACAGUACUCAAGCACCUAGGUACAUCUAACCAUCCUGAUCAAGAUCAUUUGCAAAAUUUUGACUCAAAUAUUUUAGUCACAGAAAUAAUCCAGAGAAGAUAUCAAAGCUGUGCCCCUGACAACUUAAACUUAACAAAAGACUGGGCAAGUGUGUCUGAGUGUAAGCAGCAGAAAGUAUCUGACAGUGGAUUUGGCCACUGUGUAAAGGCUACCGAUACCAAAAUCUUCCAGUGUAGUAAAUGUUUGAAAGUCUUCACAGAAUUAUCAAAUCUAAGUAGACAUAAGAUGAUAUAUAACAUAGGGCAAACUUUUCACUGUAUAAAGUAUGGUAAAGCCUCUAACCCAUGCUCACAUGUUACUGAACAUAAGAUAAUUCAUAUUGGAGAAAAACAGGACAAAUGUAGCAAAGUCUUCAAAUCUGACGCAAGCCUGUCUAAGCAUAAGAGACAUGAUACUGGAGAGAAACUCUACGAGUGUGAAAAUGAUGCCAAACAUCUUAACCUCAGAUCAAAAUAUUGUAACCAUAAGAGUAUUGAUAGUGGAAGAAAACCCUAUAACUCUGAAGACUAUGACAAACUUACGAAGGAGUACUCACACCUUUCUGGAGAUAAAAGAAUUCAAUCUGGAGAGAAACCCUACAAAUAUCAAGAAUGUGGAAAAGGCUUUAACAGGUCUAUAACCCUUUCUGAACAUCAAAGAAUUCACUCUGGAGAGAAACCUUACAAAUGUGAAGAAUGUGGCAAAGCCUUUAAUCAGUACUCAUACCUUUCUAGACAUCAAAGAAUUCACUCUGGAGAGAAACCUUACAAAUGUGAAGAAUGUGGCAAAGCCUUUAAUCAGUACUCAUACCUUUCUAGACAUCAAAGAAUUCAUUCUGGAGAGAAACGUUACAAAUGUCAAAUAUGUGGCCAAGCCUUUAAUCAGUACUCAGAACUUUCUAGACAUCAAAGAAUUCAUUCUGGAGAGAAACCUUACAAAUGUCAAGAAUGUGGCAAAGCCUUUAAUCAGUACUCAUAUCUUUCUAGACAUCAAAGAAUUCACUCUGGAGAGAAACCUUACAAAUGUGAAGAAUGUGGCAAAGCCUUUAAUCAGUACUCAUACCUUUCUAGACAUCAAAGAAUUCAUUCUGGAGAGAAACGUUACAAAUGUCAAAUAUGUGGCCAAGCCUUUAAUCAGUACUCAGAACUUUCUAGACAUCAAAGAAUUCAUUCUGGAGAGAAACCUUACAAAUGUCAAGAAUGUGGCAAAGCCUUUAAUUUGUACUCAGACGUUUCUAGACAUCAAAGAAUUCAUUCUGGAGAGAAACCCUACAAAUGUCAACAAUGUGGAAAAGCCUUUAAUCGAUACUCAAACCUUUCUGGACAUCAAAGAAUUCAUUCUGGAGACAGACCCUACAAAUGUGAACAAUGUGGCAAAGCCUUUUAUCGUAGUUCAACCCUUAGCAACCAUCAAAGAAUUCAUUCUAGAGAGAGACCCUACAAAUGUCAACAAUGUGGCAAAGCUUUUAAAAGGAACUCAAACCUUUCUGAACAUCAAAGAAUUCAUUCUAGAGAGAAACCCUACAAAUGUGAACAAUGUGGCAAAGCCUUUUAUCGUAGUUCAACCCUUAGCAACCAUCAAAGAAUUCAUUCUGGAGAGAGACCCUACAAAUGUCAACAAUGUGGGAAAGCCUUUUACCAUUACUCAGGUCUUUCUGUACAUAAAAGAAUUCACUCUGGAGAGAAAACCUACAAAUGUCAACAAUGUGACAAAGCCUUCCACUACUUCUCAUACCUUUCUAAACACCAAAGAAUUCAUUCUGUAGAGAAACCCUACAAAUGUCAACAGUGUGGCAAAGCCUUUAAGUGGUACUCAAACCUUUCUGGACAUCAAAGAAUUCACUCUGGAGAGAAACCCUACAAAUGUGAACAAUGUGGCAAAGCCUUUAAUCGAUACUCAAACCUUUCUGGACAUCAAAGAAUUCAUUCUGGAGAGAAACCCUACAAAUGUCAACAAUGUGGCAAAGCUUUUAAUGAUAAUUCAGCCUUUAAUAAACAUAAAAGAAUUCAUUCUGGAGAGAAAUCCUACAAAUGUCAACAAUGUGGCAAAGCCUUUAAUCAGUACUCAAACCUUUCUAAACAUCAAAGAAUUCAUUCUGGAGAGAAACCCUAGAUAUGUUAAGAAUGUGCCAAUGCCUUUCACCACUACAUUUUUGAACAUCAAAGAAUUCAUUCUGGAGAGAAACCUUACAAAUGUCAACAAUGUGGCAAACCCUUUAACAAUGUGGCAAACCCUCUCACUAGUACUCAAACCUUUCUGUACAUCAAGUAAUUCAUUUUUGAGACUAACUCUACAAAUGCUAGGAAUGUGGCAAAGCCUUGCACCCAGAGCUUUCUGUACAUAAAAGAAUUCAUUCUGGAAAGAAACCCUACAAAUGUUAACAAUGUGGCAAAGCCUUUAAUCAGUAUUUGAAACAUAUUGUACAUGAAAGAAUUCAUUAUGGAGAGAAACUUAAAUAUGAAUAUUGUGGCAAACCCUUUAUCUCACUUUGAAACCUCCCUGUACAUAAGAUAAAUCAUACAGAAUGAAAAUCCUUAAAAUAUGAAGAAUGUUGUAGUACCAUUACCUGGUGUUGAUAACUUACUAAACAUAAAAGAAUUCCCAAAACUGAAAAGUGUGGCAAUUCCUGUAACUGAACUCAAACCUCAUAACAAAAUUCAUAGUGGAGAGAAAUCCUACAGAUGUGAAUAAUGUGGCAAAGAUUUUUACUGGUCUUUAGCUCUUAGUAAACAUAAGAGAAAUCAUCCCAGAGAAAUAAUGUGACAAUUGAAGAUGUGGCAAAGCUAAAACCAGUAGUCCCAGUUUUCUCUACACAAUAGAAUUGUUGAAGAGAAUUCUACAAAUGUGAAGAACUUGACAAAUGCUUAACUUGUGCUCAAACCAUUGUAUAAAUGAAAAAUUUAUAAGACAGAAAUCCCUGAAGAAAGUUUUGAAUCCUAUAAGCAGGAUUCAGUACAUUUCACACAUUUCAGUACAUUAACAGAAUUCAUAGAGCAAUUGUAUAUAUGUGAACAAUGUGACAAUGUCUUUAAAUGUUUCUCAUGCUUUUCUAAUCACAAGUCAUAAUGAACGAAAUACUCUACAAUGUCAAUCAUGUCUCAAAGCCUUAAAGUUGUGUUUGUCCUGUUAGGUAAGGCUGAGGAGAGAUGGGGCAGAGGAUACUAGGAGAUCCUUUGUCCAUCAUAAGAAGAACAAAAUGAGCAUAGGGCACUUCCACAGAAGACAAGCUAGCAUUUCAAGAAGAUUCCGAAAAGUGAACUGAUGUUUGCUCUACAAAAAUGAGUCUCAGGCUCUGCACCUAUAACUCAAGUGGCUAGGGUGCCAGCCACAUACACUGCACCUGGCGGGUUCUCAUCCUGCCAGGGCCCACCAAACAACUAUGACAACUACAACCAAAAAAAAGCUGGGUGUUGUCAUGGGUCCCUAUAGUCUUAGCGACUUGGGCGGCUGAGGCAAGCCAAUUGCUUAAGCCCAAGAGUUUCAUGUUGCUGUGAGCUGUGAUGCUAUGGCACUUUACCCAGGACGACAGCUUGAAGUCUGUCUUAAAAAAAAAAAAAGUCUCAGAAGGUCAGAAUACAUACAGUCGAGGGCCCAAAAGGAUGUUGGAGCAUGGGUUUAAGUAAUGUGACUGUAAGCUCAAGUGACCUAUUUUUAUUAACAUAGUACAAUUUAUACCAGUGCUAUCACACAAUAUAAAUACAAUGAUAACUUCUGGAAAUUGUCUUACAGGGAUAGAAAAUGUAAAGACACUCCUUUCUGGAAGUUUUCCGCCUUUCUAGGAAUAAUCAUGAAUAUUCCCCCUCCACACGCACACACACACCACUUAACAUAGAAUUGGAAAAUCUGUAUAAAAGGAAAGCAUCUCACUAAACCCACAGACUUCUCCACUUGAAAGAUAUGUUUGUUCUCUGGAAUGUACUGUUCUCAAAUAAACUUUGA